CUUUGAUGCCCGUAAAUUUGCGAUUUUCGCGAAUUUUUGCGUAAUAAAAUCGAGAGUUAUUCUUUCACAUUUAUUCUUGUUUAUUUUCUUGCUUAACUAACAUUUCUCCCGGGAUGUUUUGCGAAGUUCCGUGUUCGCUAAGAAAAAUUUUCAAUUGUAACGCAUUACGGAUAAUAAUAUUGUACAUAUUUGUCAUUCGCAUCUUAUGUAGCGUUCCUUGUACGAUUUUCCGCGUCAAUAACAUACCGAGAUGUAGGCGUUUAACGAAAAAUUUUGAAAUUCUAAAUCAACAGACUCGCGUUAUUCCGCGUUCGCAUGCGUCUCGAUGAUAGAAAAUUAUUGUAAUCGUUCGGACGUGCUUGCGCAAAAUAUUGAUGAUUAUUAGUGCAACUAGCUGAAUCGACAAUGAAAUAAUAUCUUUGACCGUCAACAAACACACGAUCAUCAGCUAUUAAUUAAAAUCCCGUUUUAAAUUCGUAUGAUGGCUUGCAUUUUUCUUCGCUCGAUAUUUGUGAUUUUGUUUAAGGAAAUUCCGAUCAUUUCGAAGUUCUCAAUUUAGCAUAUUAAUGUCAAACACAUACGGAUGUUCGAAUAUUGGCGGCGGCCGAGCACGUGUUAUAUACACGAGUGACGCAACAGAACAAAAUGAUUAACAUACACGUAUGUUUUGGCUGUAGAUUAAAGUGACAACAUGAAGAACAAUCACUACGAGGAAGAGAACGACGACAAUAUGGAGGAGGAGGAAAACAUUAUCGUCGACGGGGUGAAUAAUUCGUCGCGCAGCUUGCAUGUCGAUAAUGAACCGCAACCGUCGACUUCGCGUGGGAUUACACACCCGCCUCAACAGCAGCCUCAGCAACAACAGACGCCGAUUCCUCCUAUAGAUCCUAACGUCAGGAGAUACAGAACCGCCUUUACGAGGGAACAAUUAGCUCGCUUAGAAAAGGAAUUUACAAAAGAAAAUUACGUGUGGUUCCAAAAUCGGCGCAUGAAGGACAAGAGGCAGCGGUUGUCCAUGACGUGGCCCUUCCACGUCGCGUAUGCGACGGAUCCGGCGAUCGCGGCAUCCCUGUUCGCGGCCGCCUCGAGCUCUCUCACGCACAUGGGUUAUCCGCCGACUAUGUCAGCGACCUCGCAUCUAGCCCCCUCGGCGACGGGGUUCUCUUAUCAGCGUCUCCCGUUUCCGAGCCCGGUCUCCGCGCUCCAUCGACCGCAUCCGCGCAACCUGACCGCGCCGUAUCUGUUACCAUCGCAUCUACCCCAGCCACCUGCCCUGCACGUCCUGGGCAUUCCGACGCACUCGACGACUCUCGCCAGCCACGUCUUUCCUCCCAUCGGCAGCUCGUCAUCGUCCACCUCCAUGGGCUUCCAUCGACAGAUAUUCGGCUCAGCCGAGCUCAGCCCGGUCAACUCGGACACCUCGGACAACCCCAGCGAGUGCGAGUGCAGCAUCAAUGGCUGUCAACAGUCGCAGUCGCAACCGCACCACUCGUCUCAGCAGCCGCCGCACCCGCACGUGCACCAUUCGCAUCACCCGCGAUGCCUGAACCCGAGCGUGACCUCGGCCGUAACCUCGAGUCUGGUGCAGCAACGCGAUAGACUCAGCGGUGGCGAUCAAUCGCAGCAGGUGAGACUGAACGGUAUGAGCAUGCCGAUUGUAACGGUAGUGCCGUAUGACAACAAUCCGAGCACUUCAUACAAUCACUUGGCGAUUCCUUCGGGAAUCUCAUCGUUGCCGUCAUCCUUGCCCUCGAACCAACCUGAGCAGUCGCAGCAACAGCAAUCGCAGCAGCAGCCGCAGCAGCAACAACAGCCACAGCCGCAGCCGCAGCCGCAGCCCAAGUUGUUUCAGCCGUACAAGAACGACUCGACAGAUGAUGACAAGCCCAAUCGUAAUGGUACGAUAUAAAUAUUAUAAUUUUUAAUAUAAAGUAAUAAAAAAACGAAAUGAAACAACAUGAGAUAUGAUCCUGAAUUUGCGUUUAUUCAAAUCAUAUCCCACUGUUCUGUAUAUAUACUUAUGUGCAUGUGUACAUAUUUAUAUAUAUGUAUAUAUUGCGCUCUUCCUAAUUAUUCAAUCCCUAUAUACGUCGUAUAUCGCAUGGUUAU